AUGGAUUUCGAAAGUGGCCCGUGGGCAGUUAGUCUUCAUCAAAGCAACAAGAGACCUGAAAACGAGGGAGUGUCAUCAAGCAUUUUCUUCGGGCACUGCAGCCCUCUUGGUGCUACAGCAGAUAGUCUUUGCUUCUCAAGCCCAAUAUUCAGUAGAAAAGAGGACACUACAGAGAAUCUGAGGCUCCUCGUGAGACACUGUUCCUAUCACAACGAUGUUCUUCUCGCAAAUUUCUUUCAAGAUCAAUAUUACGAGGUGGAUACGGAUACUGGCAACUUGAGCUUGGUCACCACCAAUGAAACAGGUGCAAACGCCGACUUUAUUUCGUAUUCUCACGGGGUCUACUCGCGCAACACCCAUGGCCAGGAGAUCCUCCUUCGGCCUACGAACAUUACCUGGCGAUUCUUGGGCGGUAGCGUUGAUCUGUAUUUCUAUGCUGGACCAACACAGCCUGAAGGCACGGCUGCGUACGAGCAGAGCGCCGCUGGAUUGCCAGCAAUACAGCAGUACUUCUCACCUUUGGUUAUCACCAAUGUCGGUGGGGCUAUGCCAAUUGGUCUCGGCUGCAAGAAUAUCGUGAUUUCGAUAAACGAUGCUCUGAGAUAUGGUUAUGAUGAAGGCAAGACCUUCUUGAAUGGGCUUCAUGACAUUGGCAGACAUUACAUUCCAAUCAUUGACUCCGCAAUCUAUGUUCCGAACCCACAAAAUGAAAUUCAUCCACCAUUCGGCCUACCAGGCGAGCCAGGAAAUCUGGUCCUCGAUUAUGCCGAAGGCUUCAAUUUGACAAAUGCAACGGAAGCAGCCUCAGCCUCGUCAGCAUCAGCGAGUCAGGCAUCAGCAUAUCCGGUAGCUUUAACGGCCAGUGGUUUCGAUCCCAGCGCUACAUACCUUCGCACAACCCCAACGCCUGGUGUACGGGAUGUCAAUCAUCCACCAUACGUGAUCAACAAUGUUCAAGGCGAUCUUGCUGUUCAUGCCGUUUCACCCAACGCAACCCACGUUGGUGGUACCCUUGACUAUGAAGUUCACAACACCUGGGGCCACGGGAUCCUGAACGCUACUAACCAGGCUUUACUCUCAGCCAUCCCUUGCCGCCGCCCGUUCAUAAUUGGCCGCUCCACCUUCGCCGGGAGCGGCAAAUGGGCGGGCCACUGGGGCGGCGACAAUGCCUCGAAGUGGGCAUACAUGGUCUUCUUAAUCCCGCAAGCACUCUCUUUCAGCCUGUUCGGCGUUCCCAUGUUUGGCGUCGAUACUUGCGGUUUCAACGGCAAUUCCGAUGAGGAAUUAUGCAAUCGUUGGAUGCAGCUCAGUGCUUUCCUCCCGUUCUACCCAAACCAUAACACUCUGACUGCAAAUUCGCAAGAAGCGUAUGUUUGGGCCUCUGUGGCGGAAGCAACACCUAUGGCGAUACAAGUAAGGUACCUGAUGCUGCCUUACCUGUAUACUCUCUUCCAUCUCGCGAGCUUGACGGGGAGUACAACCAUGCGAGCGCUGUCGUGGGAAUUCCCGAACGAACCUGCUCUGGCGAAUGCCGACCAUCAGUUCUUCCUUGGUCCAGCACUUCUGGUGACGCCGGUGCUGAUACAGGGAGUCACAAGCGUGAACGGCGUAUUCCUUGGCGUGGGAAAGGGUGAGUGCUAUUACGACUGUUACAAUCAGAGUAUCAUCGAUCCAGCGACCGUGGGUGGCGGAAAGAAAGCCAGUAUCGAUGCGCCAUUAGGACAUAUUCCGCUCUACUUGAGAGGAGGCUAUGUGGUGCCGACCCAGGAAGCUGCCAUGGUCACAAGGGAUGCGCGGAAGAAUCCUUGGGAGUCAUCGUCGCGUUGGGGCUGGAGGGGACGGCGAGAGGAGGGUUGUAUGUAG